AUGAAAGCAGCUACAACACCUCGAGUAGAAUGUGUUCAAAAAUUGACGAAAAUAGAUGAUGUAGAAAAUGAGAGCAUUAUAAAAAAGCAUCACACCUCUUCUGGGAACUAUGAACGUUUCGUGUCCUCAACAAAAAUUGUUGGUUGGUUUUGGAGCAAAUUUUGGCGAAACGGACCAGUGGCUUGCUUUCCACAACCCCGAACCCCAAUUGGAGGAUGUCCUUAUCGUUUCAUCUGUUCUGAGACUAGUGAGCGAUGA